AACUGGGUUCACUUCAUUUCGUCUAAAGUCUUACUUACAAAAAUACAAUCAUUCUGAACCAUUAUCCUUUAUAUUUCCAAAACGGUCAUCACAAAUAUCUUUCGAUCAAAAUCAAAUAAAUAGAGACUAUCUUGAAGAGAAUUCUUGUGCUUCUUCGAUCAAUGAAAGGUCGAAUAAAAGAUAUAGCACAAAUAGUGCCAUAAUUAUUAAUAAAAUUGUUGUUCAUAAACAGGAAACUUUGGAAAAUACUCAGGAAAUCAAGCCCCUUGAAA